AUGGCCUCCUCAAACCCUACAGCGGUACCUGCUGAAAACCAUCUAAUAUUUUCAAAUUCUAGCGCAGCCUAUGGUGACGCAACGGAUCGACCCGUCGCGCCAGACCAAUUUGAGCCGAAAUGGGAAACUGAUAAAUGGGAAAUGUGGAGUUAUUACCUCUACUAUGUUGGGAAUAAUGGAUUGACUUUGUUUAACUUUGCGCCGACCGCUUUCCAAAACUUGCUUUAUGAGGCUGCUGGCGAUUCUACAAGUCUGAGAUUUGCGGGCAGGUAUGCGUCACUUGAUAAGAUGAUUAUGAGCUGAAAAAAGUCAAUUUGCUGACUUGGACUGUGACAGAGAUCGAACAAUCAACAGUAUUGUCCUACUGAGUAAUGGCAUUAGUUUUGCUAUUCAAAUUGUUAUCUUCUUGCUGCUGGGCAGUUUUGCUGGUAUUUAUCCGUCAAUAUUUUUGGGAGUAAGAUUCAUCUGACAAUUCCAGAUUUUGGAACAUGGCGACCAAACAUUUUAAUUGUGUUGUCGCUGUUCGCUUGGGGAAUUGGUUUCGGAUGGUUGGGCGUUCACGAUUCUUUCAAGUGGAAGGUUGCCGCGGGAAUGUAUAUUGUUGGACGUACGAGUAGAAGAAUAUCCAUCCCCCGAUGCGCAACUAACCUGGAAUAGUCAUUGCGUAUCAAACAACACUUACUUUUUGGACUGCAGCGUAAGUGCCUGCUUCCGCGCUUUGAAAUGGGCUUCUAACAAUUCAAAGAUUUCCAGGACUUGCACGAAAUACUCCUCACAUGCGUGAGAAGGCGAAGGAGUUCGAAGCAGGAGAAAUAAGUCGUGAGGAAUAUGACCGAAUUGAUACUCUCAAGCGCUCUGAGCUUUCGAAUAUGGCCUUUUAUGUCCAAUCGAUUGGAGAAGUCUUCAUUCUCGUUAUCAUAGUCGGAAUCAUGUUCGCAAUUGAUGUAGACUCCUCAGCUGCGGCGAACAACUGGGGACUCUCUGUUCUCAUUGCUUUUGCGACAGGAGUUUGGGUUCUUCUUGCUAUGCCGUGGUUCUUCAAGGAGAAGAGACGGGCAGGGCAAACGGUAAAUAUGCUCCCAUAUUCUAUUAUUUCUGGAUGGUUGCUGAUCUCGAUCAUUAGAUUCCAACUGGGAUGAAUAUUUUUUCUGCAGGCAUUUGGCAGCUUUAUCGAGCUAUGCGACAAAUCUGGAAACUCAAACAAUCACUGAUAUAUCUCAUUGGAUACUUCCUUCUCGGCGAUGUAAGUGCACGCUCAGCUCCAAAACAGAAACACAAUAACUAACAUUCCAACCAGUCCCUCAACACCACCGUCACCGUCAUCGCUAUCCUUCAGAGUACCAUCAUAGCCUACAACACCCUCCAACUAACCUAUCUCCUCAUAGUCGGUAUAGCAGCCCAAGCCCUAGGAAUCUGGGUCUUCUGGUGGGCCCAACAACGCUUCAAUCUCUCCGCGAAAUUCAUGUUCAACAUAGUAGCUAUAAACAUAGUCCUCCUCGACCUCUGGGGCAUGAUCGGCAUCUUCACGCAACGCUUCGGCUUCCACAACGUCUGGGAAAUCUGGCUAUACCAAGCAUUCUACGGUCUCCUCGUUUGUCCUUGGUACUCGUACUCCCAAAUCAUGAUUUCCGAAGUUACACCCCGAGGGAGGGAAUUUCUGUUCUUCAGUCUGUUUAGUAUUAUUGGGAAGACGAGUAGUUUUAUUGGACCGCUUGUGAGCUCGGCAAUUAUUGAUCGGAGUGGUGGGAAUAACAGCACGCCGUUUUAUUUCUUGGCGGGGUUGAGUGUGGUUAGUUGUGCGGUUUUGGUGUUUGGCGUGGAUCUUGGGGAGAGUAGGAGGGAGCAGGAGGCGUUUUUGGCGGAGGAGGAGAGGGUUAGGAGGGAGAAGGAGGAGGCGUUUAUGGGAGAUCUUUCGGGCGAGGAGAUUGAGGGUGGUGCGGUGGAAGUUGAUGGACUUUCCAAA